CGCUGUAAAGAAAAAUAAUCGUGUUUCGAUGUGCGGAAACGUGUAGAAAUGAAAUAUAAUGAGAGAACGAAGUUCGUGAUUAACUUACUAAAGUAGACAUUAUUUAAAUUAAUUUUCACAUAAUUAUGUUAUAAAUAAGCGAUUCAUGCCAGACUUCCCACUACGAUGGCCGCCCGAUUGAAGUAGGGAAAACACGUAAUUGCACGUAAGAGUAAAGAAAUGACAACAUUAGUGUCAUAAUUCGAGAUGUCAGCAAUGAGUAACGAAUGCAAACAGGAUUUUGAAACUCAGAGAGAAAUGAGAGAAAACAAUUCUCAAAGUCAAAAUUCUGUAGAAGAAAUAGAAACGACUGAAUCUGACACCGAAGAUGAAGUUCAUUGUCCUGUGGAGAAUCACGAAGGAAGAGAAAUGAUUGACAUUUUGCUGCCCUUUUCAGUUGAAUAUGUAAAACAACUCCUCUUUACUGAUUCCCAAUGGUUUAGAGAUUUCUUAGAUGCACGAAAAACUACAGAUUUUGUUGCUGGAGAAUGGCACACCUGCCCUGAAACGGGAGAUAAAUUACGCCAGUUGACAUACACGAUGGCUCUGAAUUUAGCAAUAGCUAAAUCUACUCGAAGUUCGGAAUCGCAACGAAUCUUAAAAAACAGUGAGCAAGGCAGAAUUUAUGUAAUCGAGACAGAUGUUUCCAAUAAUGGUGUUCCAUACAGCGAUUCUUUCAGUAUCAAAUCACAUAAUUGUCUGACCAGAAUAUCAAAAAAUCAGUGUAGAUUUCGUGUAUAUAGUCAAAUCAGUUAUAAAAAAUCAGUAUGGGGAUUGGUAAAAACAGUGAUAGAGAAAAAUGCCAUGCAGGGUGCAAUAGACUUUUGUACUGAUAUAGAAAAAGCUUUAAAAGCAGAAGCCUCUAAAGUUACCAAAGAGAAAGAUUAUGAAAAAAUACCAAAGCCAGUUAACAAUCUAAGACAAAACAUUAGCAAAAGAGCAGAAAUUCUCCAACAGACGACACCCUCUUGUGAAAGUGAAAGCGAAACUUCUGCCAAUAUUCCUAGAACUUUGAUUGCUGGCAAUGACGAAGUAAAAUUUUUAAAUUUUUCCACGGAAUUUAUCAUUAAGGCAAUUUUAACAAUAUUGGCCGUAUUAUUAUUGUUGAAUAUGGUUUUGAUAUUAAAAUUAGGAUCGCUGGAGGACUUGAGCAUCAAAUUGAAUUCCUUUCCCGAUGACCUAGUCGAAUCUCCAGUAGAAAGGAUACCAAAUCUGUCUAGAGGAGAAUUUAUGAGAAUUUUACGCAAGCAGGAAGUUCUUCAUAGGACAGAAGUGUUAAAAUGGCAAGAUGCACUCAAUGACGUGUUAAAGUUAUUCCAUAUGAUGGAAGGUUCGUUAUUAAAUUUGAAGACCACAAUAGAAUCAUACAGUAAUUCUGAAGCCAUCAAGACCAUGGUCGACGAAAAGUAAUCUUCCAAGUUUAACGUUUUGUUUUUUUUUUAAGCCUCUCAAUAGAUAGCCAUUAAAUUUAUUAGGAGGCAUCUCGUCUUUUUUAAUUGCAUUAUUG